AUGAAAACGUCAAAACAGUCCGACAAGAUCCCAUUCUCUCAUGAUGCUAUUAAUGAUUUCCUCGCUCAUUUCGAAGGCCACCAAGAAUGCGGCAUCGCAGCUCAAAGCUUGUACACACCACCUCAGAGCGUUGACAACAAGAAGCUUAGGCACACUGAUUUCUGUCCAAACCGUGCACGACUUCUGGAGUCCAUGUCUACAGGCGGCCGUCACGGAUUCGACGCUCCAUAUCGCCCGGCGGAUUGUCACUUCCGUUGGUACACCACGCCGGAGAUCUGUAUGAUCCUCGAACGAUUCGACGGUGUCGUCUUCAUCGGCGAUGACAUGUUACAGUCUAUUUAUGCUGCCUUCAACAUCUUACUGAGGCAAGAUCUUGCGACUGGGGCAAUGAAGCAGUGGGAGCUUGAGGACGAAGAAAAAAACGCUUGUAGAUGCGACAAUCAAAUCAUCAGGCCUCAAUGCUUUCAACGAAGGAUUCUAGACAGCGCUUCUGUAGGUGGAAGCAAGAGCGGUGGCGAAGGGUUAUCGACGCCGUACUUCUGCAGCCGAAGUCCUCAUUUCUUCCUCCCAAUUUCUGGCUCACCAGCACCAGACGACCUUCAUGAGCGCUUCACGGCCCUUCUUCGCGCGGAUUCCGACUCUUACAAAUCCAUUCCCGUCAUCCACACUCUUGGCCUCUCCACCACACUCUCCUGGCCCCUUGCAACAGAUAGUAUGGAUGAAUGGGUAAGCCUAGCUGACACCUCAGGUCGAAAUGUGCCAUUUCUUUGGGUAGGUCCAAACUCCGCUGGCCACCUCAAACCGCCUGGUCAGAUCUUGGGUGAGGGAAAUAACGCUUUAUGGCAUUAUACGAUUGAGAUGGCGAUGGAGGCUCGCUCGAGGGAGCUAGAUGCUCUUGGGAUGUACAAUCUUACUCUGCAGGCCUCCAGUUGGGAUGGAAGUGGUUAUGGUCUUAGAGUCGGCCUUGUGCAGGCCAUGAUGAAAGGUCAGGAAGACGAGUUUGGGAAGUUGCAGCAUGUGAUAGAGCUAGUGCUUGGAGAGCUACACCGCCAAUGCAGGGAUAUUGAGCAAAAUGGUGUGAGCAUAGAGUAA